CAGUUGUCACUAACGCAUAUAUCCCAAAAAAUACAAAUAAUUUCAUCCGUAGAGCAGAAAAAGUUUGCAGUGAUAUGAAGCUUCGCCAAUUUCAAAUAGAAGCGGGAACUGCGGCUCAGACUCGGAGCUAACUUCAUGUCAGUGAAGAAAAUGGCGUGCAUAUUGAUUAUCAGCACAAUUAACUGCCAAAAAAGUUAAGCUGGGAAGGCCCUUUAGAUUCCACUGAUCAAAACAACAACAUUACCAUGACAUCUGAAGAUCUUCUACAACCUGGGCAUGUAGUUAAAGAACGAUGGAAGGUGGUGAAAAAAAUAGGAGGGGGAGGAUUUGGGGAGAUUUACGAAGGCUUAGAUUUAAUUACUCGGGAGCAGGUCGCACUCAAGGUGGAAUCGGCAAGACAACCCAAACAAGUUUUGAAAAUGGAAGUAGCUGUACUGAAAAAGCUCCAAGGAAAGGAACACAUUUGUAGAUUCAUUGGCUGUGGUAGGAAUGACAGAUUUAACUAUGUAGUGAUGCAAUUACAAGGCCGUAACUUGGCUGAACUCAGGAGAGCCCAACCAAGAGCUGCCUUCAGCUUAUCGACAACUUUGCGUUUAGGCUUACAAAUACUUAGAGCCAUCGAAAGUAUACAUUCUGUUGGUUUUUUACAUCGUGAUAUUAAACCUAGUAAUUUUUCAAUGGGUAGACUGCCGUAUAAUUGUAGAAAAGUAUAUAUGUUAGAUUUUGGUCUUGCUAGACAGUACACCACUGCUACUGGGGAAGUUCGAGCUCCUAGAGCAGCAGCUGGUUUUCGUGGGACCGUAAGAUAUGCCAGUAUCAAUGCACACAAAAAUAGAGAAAUGGGUAGGCACGAUGAUCUCUGGAGUUUAUUUUAUAUGUUAGUAGAAUUUGUGAAUGGCCAGUUGCCCUGGCGAAAGGUAAAAGACAAGGAACAAGUGGGAUUGAUGAAAGAAAAGUACGAUCAUAGAUUAUUAUUGAAACACUUGCCGUCCGAUCUUAAACAAUUUCUUGAUCACAUACAGAGUUUAGAGUAUGCCGAUAAACCAGAUUAUCAGAUGCUCAUAUCUCUGUUUGAGAGGUGCAUGAAGCGAAGAGGAGUUAAGGACUCGGAUCCUUACGACUGGGAAAAACCGGUCCAGACUGAUAACCAGCCUGUUACCCAACCAGUAACGGUACAACAGCCAACUGCACCAACGACUCUUCCGAGACAUACAAAAAAUACUCUUACAACGGAUAAUAACCAAGAGAACAUCAAACCAACCGACAACAAAGAGGCACAACUGGAUUCUCGAAGACGCAUAGAAACUGAAAAUACUGCACCUUUAGUAACUGAUACUCAGACAAAUGCUGCUAGAGCCACCACUGUGGACAAAAACUGUAAUGCAACUGCAGUGGAUCAAGUUCAAGCACGCAAACGGCGAGCUACUUCUCAUCUGGAUCAACCUCCUGAUAGGUUGGAUAAUGAAGCAGUGCCUUCUGCCAAGUCGACAUCAGAUGCAAAUGUGAAACCAGCACCACUUCGAAAAAGCCAGUCUGGUGUUGCUACUCUUGGUAGAUUACGUGUUGUAACUCCUGCGCAACCUGUACAAACGGGUAGUUUGGUUGAUUCUCCAGCUACUCCAGAGCAAGAGAAGCCCAGAAGGAGGCAACCCUCCGCUGCCAGGAGUUCUAGGUCUGGAAUGCGUGACCAAAGUCUCACACAGUUUGCUGUUAUAGAUGACGAGAAUGUAAGUCAGCAAAUGACACGUGGUGGUGCCUUGACAUUGGCCAGUCAGUGGAAAUCUCAGUUUGAUGAUAGUGAAGAAACCACUGAUAAUGAGUGGAAACCUGAGAGUCCGGAACACCGUGGCCACUUAGGUGCUCCGUCUGAGACCGGGGCUGUCCUACCUCCGAUAUUAAGUAGAAUAAGUGAAGAUUCUCGUACUAGUCAUAGAAAAUAUAUAAAUAUUGCCGGCAUCGAAGAAUAUCCUGAGCUAGUUGGGGGACUUCCGAGAGCGUGGUCUUCACCUUGUCUUGGGCCCUGUGUCAGAUCUUGCCUGAAGCCGCCUCUUCUACAACAAGCCGCUUUCGACGAUCUCGUUUUUAAGGUAGAUGUGAUGCGUAACGUUGCUUCCAAGCACAUGCAGAGCGAAGCUGAAGAUCAAAAAAUAUUGGAUUCACACAGGUGGGGCAGCUUGCCGGCUCUUAAUCUUGUGGAAAAAGAAGGAAUGAGGAGUAACGAAGACGGAGAGGAAGAACAGAAUGGUGAAGAUGAAGGUUUGCAAGAGGUUGCUGGUAAACUGGAAAUAAGAGUAGUGCCAAAAGAGCAAAUAAACAAAGAAAACGUUCCAAGACCACAAACUAUUUCACCUCCGAAAGCCUUGAUGCAAAAUGGUCAUUCUGAAGCCACCAUUACAGAAAAAAAAGUAGUUGAAGUGCAAACAAAAGAGUCCCCUCAAAGACCAAAAAUGGAACGAACGAAAAGCAUUUUGAAACAAAGCAGCAAAGAAAAAAGUGAUCCCAUAGAAUUGGCCAGUCCAAAACGUGAAAGCAUACAUUUUGUGAUAGAAUCAAUAGAGGGUGUUGAUAGAGGAAUAAACCAAGCGCAAGAAGUGGGAGAUAUUGAGAAAAAGACGAAUGAAAUUGAUCAGGGAACCCAAUGUAAUAUUCAGUGUUCAAAAAAAAGCAUAGGAACAGAAAGUCGGAGUGUUAUUGAAAUGAAUUCUGCAGAGUUGAUCAAAACUAGUGAUAAGCAAAUUGGUACAGAUUCUGUUGACAAAAAAAAGGUGGAAACUGAAUCAAGUAGUACGGAAACUGACCAAAAGUUAUCCAGAGGUAGAUCACAGCAGGAUAGCUUAGAGAGGAAUAGAAAAAAGAUGAAUCGAAAAACCAGUUUAAAUUUCGAACCAGUUGAAUCGUUGAGCAGGAGCAAUUCUCAAAAGGUCCUUUGCAAACCUUUAGAGGCUGUGAAAAAUAAUUUGGUCGAUUCAAAAUCGGACAGCAGUUCUAGCAUGAACUGUAAAGUUAAUGACAAGAAGGACGAAGAAAAGGGCAGUAUGGAUAGGUGUGUUCUGAAUGUGGAUAAGGCGGUGAUCAAGGAGAGGGCGCGUUGUUCACCGUCAGUUGAUUUGAGCACCAAUCCAAAUGUGACGUUUGUGUCAGCUACUAGCAUUCCAGAUUUAAAAGAAAAAAGAUCUAUUGCCAACGGACUUAGCCCCGGAAUGGACGAACAAUCAGAAUAUUUUGAUGCUACUGAAAAUCCGAUGAUAAAAGACAAACGUCAAGAACAGGAUGACGAAGACAGUGGAGUUGAUAAUGCCAGUCAGAUACUCAGGGAAUCUUCUACAAGUCCCGCAAUGGAAGGUAGCAGGUUGUCAAAGAUUCCUGUUGCAGUGAGUGGCCAAAGGUUGGCGAAAUGCAUGUCUUGGUCAGGAGAUCUUACUCCUGGACUCAGGAGACGAAGGCAGGGUGACAAAUAUGUUACAGACCCCAGCCAACUCAAACUCCGAUUUAAAAGACAUUCAAGUAGUGGUGUGGUCAAGUUACUUGAGCUCCUGAAAAGAACAUUGAUGUGGAUCCCCCGAUGUUGUCUGUACGGUUUUUGUGUAAUUUCAGGUCUUCGCGUUAGAGGUAUCUCCAGUUGCCUCAUAGACGCUCCUGAAAGCUCCCCGGAGUCUUCCGAGGGACCUCCCCCUCCUCCACCUACGGGAGAACCGCCGUCGGAGUCACAAGUUCGUUGUCGUCGAUUCAGACCGGUGACAUAAUAGACCAAAGAUUACACAAUGCGUGUAUGAUCACGAAACAUUGGUAAUCCAGGAUUUCAGCCUUUUAUUGCCGGAGAAAAAACUUCGUUUAAAAGAUUCUGAACAUUUGCAAAUGUGAUUUUUCUCUUAAGUUAUAAGCAUAUUUUGUAGACCAUGAGAGAUCCGUUUUUUAUAUGGUUGUGUUUCGAUUCACUUGUUGACAAAGGAAAUAUAAGAAACUUGUUAGAAAAUUGACAAAAAUAACACAACAAGUAAGAAAGCAUUUUAGUCCUCGCACUCGAAUCAAAUUUUACAUAAUGGUCGUCGUCUCGCGCUUUUUGGUGUAAAGCACUUUUUGUGUUAUUCUUGUUGAUUUUGUUUAAAUAUUUUGCUAUAAACUUUGCUGAGAAUAAGAGAAAAAAUUCUAGUCACAAGUACUGUUAUUUUUUAUGAACCGGUACUUGAUGAGAUUCUAGUCAGGUAGUUCUACAGGAGUAAUAUUCAAAAAUUUAAAAAUACUCUGUAAAAUAUCGAUAUUAUUACAGAUGGAUAGCUACAAAAACUGUACUGUUAUUGAUUUUUAGACUGCUAAAACUGUUUUUAUUUUUGUUUCUAUGUAUAUUUUUUGUUUUAUUAUACUAGUGCUCGUAUUCAUAAAUUAUUAUAGUUAUAAUUGAAUAAAAAAUCUUUUAUU